GUCUGCCACCACUGACGUUUCAACUUUCAAUUUAUUUGGUGGGAAAAACCAAAACAAAAUAGGAGUUGUACCUAAAAGUUUACGUAAAAAAGUUAUUUAUUACAAGUUUCUUGUUUCCACAAUAUGCGACGUCGGGAUGAAAAAUUUCCCGAAAAUGGCUUUGAAGAUGGUGGAGGUUAUAUGCAAGUUAAAAUUGCGAAACUGGAAGCUCAAUUUUCUAAUUGCGCUGGGAAAGAAGUAACUCGAUUGUCUAAUAUAUUUAAUGAUGUAGCAAUUUACGUAAAUGGUUUUACAAAACCGUCUGCCGAUGAAUUAAAAGAACUCAUGGCUCAACAUGGUGGUAUUUAUCAUACUUAUCAACGAAGUAAUGACUUUAUAAUUGCUUCUAAUUUACCCGAUACUAAAGUUAAGAAUAUGUCUCUUUCCAAAGUCGUUAAACCUGAAUGGAUAACUGACAGUAUUGCUGCUAACAGUUUGUUAGACUAUAGAAAUUAUUUAUUGUACAAAAACUCACGAACUCAACCACAAUUAAACUUCAACAAAAUAAUUGCAACAAAAAUUAAAACUGAUGAAAGCCACUUAAAAGAUGACAAGGACAUAGAACGGAAUUUAACUACUGAAAAUUGUGCUAAAGAAAACAGUAAAAUGUUGGAUGCUUGUACUACUUCUACUACAGACACAAAACCUGUUUUAAAUAAAGUCAAUAAAAAUGAUUUAGCUAAAACAGCAAUCGAUCCAAACUUUAUAACAGAAUUUUAUAAUAAUUCAAGACUUCAUCACAUAUCUCAGUUGGGUGCUUUCUUCAAGCAACAUGUAAAUGAUUUAAGAGAAGCAAGUGAUUUUUCUUUUCCUGCGCGAGCUAUUCUAAAAAGUAAUAUUAAUUCUUCAAAGUUACGAGGGAAACCUGUUGCUGUCACACAUUCUAAAGGAGCAAAGCCUCAAACCAAAAGAGAAGGGGUAGAUAGAAAUACUGAAUUUAACUUAUAUAAGCAAAAACAAGCUAAGAAAUUAGGCAAAGUGACAGGUAUACCUGAAGAGGAAAUUGUUUUUGAUAGUAAAGUGGAUAAUGUUAGUGAUGAAGAUAGUGAAUAUGGAUCUUUAAGUGAAAUAGCCUCAUGUUCAUAUGAAGCAAGAGCAAAAGGGAUUAAAAAUGGUAUGUUUAUGGGACCUGCCUUAAAAUUGUGCCCUAAUCUGAAAACUAUACCAUAUGAUUUUGAAGGGUACAAGGAAGUAGCAUACACUUUGUACAACACAAUAGCGCAAUACACACUAGAUAUAGAGGCUGUAUCUUGUGAUGAAAUGUAUGUAGACUGUACUGAGUUGUUAAAAGAUUUAAAAGUUAGUGUUCAAGAUUUUGCAUUAGCAUUAAGAAAAGAAAUAAAAGACAAAACUGGUUGUCCAUCUUCAACAGGAUUUGGCAGCAAUCGAUUGCAAUCGAGACUUGCUACAAAACGCGCUAAACCGGAUGGGCAGUUUUUUCUUACAUCAGAUUUAAUUGAAGACUUCAUGUUUGGUAUUUCCUUGAAAGACUUGCCUGGUGUCGGUAGGCAGACAUCCCAAAAGUUGGAGUCUUUAGGUCACCAAACUUGUGGAUCCUUGCAAACUCUUACAUUAGGCCUACUCCAGAGACAUCUGGGUAAUAAAACAGGGGCACAGCUUUUCGACCAAUGUCGCGGACUUGAUCCAAAUCCUUUGACAUUCCAUACAGUUAGGAAAUCUGUAUCUGCAGAGGUAAAUUAUGGGAUAAGAUUUGAUACAAAUGAUCAAUGCUUCCAAUUUUUAAAACAGUUAUCUGCAGAAGUACAUUCCAGAAUGCAGCAAUUUAAAGUUUUAGGUAAAUGUAUCACACUUAAAUUAAUGGUAAGAGCAGAAGAAGCACCUGUAGAGACUGCAAAAUUUAUGGGCCAUGGAUUUUGCAAUGUCAUUAAUAAGUCCACCAAUCUCACAAAUGCCACUAAUGAUGUUGAAAUAAUAACAAAAGAAAUUAUUUCUCUGUGUAAAAAACAAAAAAUAGAUCCAAAAGAAAUGAGAGGUAUUGGAAUUCAAAUAUCUAAAUUAGAACAAGUAAUUACAAAGCCAAACAAUACUGGUAUCAGUAAAUUUUUGAGUAAAAAUAAAAAUGUACAUAACAACAGGAUUUCAAAAGUUGAAAAUGAUGCGGGGACACACUGUGAUGUAAAAAAUAAGAGUAAAGUUGAGGAUAGAAUGAAGAAUCCUGUUACGCCGAAAAAGAAAAGUAUAUCCUCCACUAUUAAAUCUCCGAAACAUGGUCUCAAAUCCUCACCUGUAAAAAGGAGAGGUAGACCUCAAAAAUCUUUAAAAAAUAGCUUAUCAACUACCAAAAGUCCUAUGGAUAAAUUUCUCGCUGGAGAAAUACAAGUAAAAGAAGAGUUACCAAUUAAAACAAUUCCAGAAAUAAAAGAUGAAAAGCCCAAAAACUCUGACUCAAACCAAGAUGGAUUAUUGAGUCUUUCUUGGGAAAAAGUAAGAGAACUGUUAAGGGCAUGGUUGGAUAGUGGACAAGCACCAAAAAUGUGUGACACUAAAAUGAUUGCUAGUUACUUGAGUAAAUUAGUUGCUAAGAAAGAUAUUGACAAAGUUUAUAUACUGAUGAACUUUUUAAAACGAAGGACACAUGAAAUAGAUAAGGAAAUUUGGAUAGAGGUUUACAAUUAUGUUUUGGAAGAUGUUCAAAAUUCUAUGAUUGCUGUGUAUGGAAAGAAACUGUGGAUAAAAGACUAAAAGACAAUAAAAAGAGACACAAAUGUAAUAAAAGACAUAAUAAUUUUAUUCACUCAUUUAUUCCAAAAUUGUUUCUAUUAAAGUUAUGAACAUAUAAUAAUUAGGUACAUUAUAAUUUAUUAUGCUUUUAUUGGUGUUAUUGCUUCUGGAACACUAUAUAUAUCUAAAAACUAGGUAAUGUGUGAUGGAAUUCAGUUUUUACAGUAUUAGAGGCGUAUAUAAAAAUGAAGGGCAAAAAUGACGACUAGUAAAGAUGUUAAAAGAUUAAUGCAGUUUCUAUAUCUACCUUCUAGAUAGAAAAUAAAUUUGUAU